ACCAGUCACAGCAUAAGAACUCAGUCACCAUGAUGAAGGUUGCCUUUUUCACCAUUGCCGCUUUGAUCGUGGCAGUAACGGCAGAGUACAGUGAGGAUCAUUAUUCCCAUCCGAAGUACAAGUUCGAAUACGGAGUGAAAGAUUUCCACACUGGUGACAGCAAGGAUCAGUGGGAGCAUCGGGAUGGCGACGUCGUGAAAGGCCAAUAUACUCUGCACGAGGCAGACGGGACGAAGCGUGUUGUUGAGUACACUUCGGAUAAGCACAAUGGCUUCCAGGCUCAUGUGAAGCGAGUUGGCCAUGCUCAGCAUCCGCAGCUCUAUGGACACGAAGAGGGACACCAUCAUUCUGGUGGACAUGAUCAUGGACAUGAUCAUGCCAGCAGCUACGCCAACCUGUACCAGCACCAUCAUUGAGACUGAGAAAAAAUGUGAUAGAAUACUGUAGUAAAUAAACGUUGUUAUG